AUGAAUAACUCCACAGUGGAUUUCAUCACACCUCCUUUAAAUAAGGAUGUAAACACUAUGGAAAUUAGCAUGAUGAGCAUACAAAUCUUGUUUGGUUUUCCUACACAAUCCUAUGUGAUAUGGCUCAUCAUCAAAGGAACAGGAAAUGGAAUUACAAUGGAGUUCUUUCUCCUCAAUUCUGCUGUCUGUGAGAUUUUGGUCUGUCUUUAUUGUUUAAUGCUCAUACUGUCAAAAUUGUGGUUGAGUUUCAUUCUGUUUGGGCUAUUUUUGCAAGGAUUAUUAUUUGCCGGCCGAGCUUUGUUCCAGUGUUUGAUCUGUGUCGAGCGUUACCUGGCAGUGGUUCAUCCUGUUAUCUUUCUAAAGUACAAACCUCUCAGAUACAGAGUGAUGUGUUGCACCUCUGUUUGGUUAUUUUGUCUCGGAUCUUGUUUCUUCUGCGUGUUUUCUUUAAUGUCAUUCAACACAAAUGCACAGGCAUGGUUUUUCUCAAUUCUCUUCCUCGUUCUACUCCCCAUUCAGUUGUUUUGCCUUUCGGCUGUUCUCAGAGCUCUGAAGCAGUCAGGACCAGGGGAGAAAGGCAGUGAAAGAGAGAAGGAAAAUCAAAUGAAGAGAAGAGCAUUUUAUCUCAUUCUAAUUACUACUGUAAAUAUGGUUUUCAUGUACGCUCCAUUUAUUUUCACUGGAUUCUUUACUAUUGUGACACAAGCGUAUGUUCAAGCAGUUUGGAUACCUGCCAUGGUGUCUUAUGGAGUGGGUGGUUAUUUACAGCCCGUUCUUUACUUACACAGAUGUGGUAAACUCGCCUGCUGUGCUUCAACCUAA